UCUGGCAGCUUGGUGAGGAGUGUCAAGAUCCUUUAGUAAAGACCAUCAUCCAAAAGGAUUUCUACGUCGAUGAUCUCCUGACCGGGCAUGAUGAUGAAGAGCAACUUCGCUUUAUUCAAAAGUGUGUCUCUCAAAGCUUAGCCGCAGGAGGGUUUCCUUUAAGAAAAUAUAGGUCCAAUUUACCUUCUAUACUCACUGCGGAAGCCAACAACACCGAGGGCAACCUGAUGCUCAGUGCUGCCACUGACACCCUUGGUCUUGACUGGGAUCCAUCAGAGGACGUUCUACGAUUCACCAUUGAAAUGGACCCAGUUGAAGCUCUAACUAAGCGGAGUAUACUUUCCUCGACCUUUAAAAUAUUUGACCCGCUUGGUCUCCUCUCACCUUGCACAAUCAUACCUAAGCUCAUCAUUCAAGGUCUGUGGUCUUUGGGGCUAAAUUGGGACGAUCCUGCUCCUCAAGACAUACAGUCAACUUGGCAGAAGUUUGCUGAUAACAUUAAUAGCAUUUCUGAUUUGUCAAUCCCUAGGCGAGUCUUGAUUGACAACUACAUAUCCGUGGAAAUGCACGUCUUUUGUGACGCCUCUCAAAAGGCGUACGGUGCGGCUGUCUACCUCCGAUCUAUAGAUGCUGAGGGUAGAAUUUUAGUGCGCCUUCUGUGCGCUAAAAGCCGAGUCGCUCCCUUAAAACCUGUCACUAUCCCGCGUAUGGAAUUAUGCGGCGCCCUUCUUGCAGCCCAAUUGAGCGUCACAGUGACUGACGCCCUCCGCUGCCAAAUAUCGCGUCACGUCUAUUGGACUGACUCAAGCGUCGUAUUAUCGUGGCUAAACACAAGCUCAAACAAAUUAAAAACGUUUGUUGCUAACAGGGUUAGCGAGAUAGGAGAACUAACUGACGUGUCUGCUUGGCGCCACGUUCCCACUUUAGAAAACCCAGCAGAUCUUCUAUCUCGUGGCUUUGAUCCGAAUCGCAUCGGCGGCUGCUCCGCUUGGUGGCAAGGACCUACCUUUCUACAAGGCCCUGAAGUAUCCUGGCCAUCGCUGAACUCCACCCCCAAGCAGGACCCGCACGAGCUGCCAGAAUUGAAGGUUCAUACACUCACAAUCACAGAUCCUUUAAUUCAAUUCUCAAAUUAUUCAAAACUCUGCCGAUUACAACGAGCUCUGGCUUUUGUCUACAGGUUCAUCCACAAUUGCAGAGAGCCUAAUUACAAACUAUCUGGUCCCCUCCAAGUUGAUGAACUAAAUAAGUCAUUUGACUCUUUAGUCAAGUCUUCUCAAAAUGAAUCCUUUGGUAAUGAGAUAAGGCUAUUAGAGAACAAAAAGACUCUUAAUCGCAAAUCCAAUGUUAUCUCUCUUGAUCCCUUUCUCGAUACUCAGGGAAUCCUUAGAGUUGGUGGUCGCUUGGCAGGUGCUUCAGUAUAUACCUUCGAUAAAAAGCACCCUAUAAUUUUACACGCGAACCACCCCUUUACUAAGCUGCUCUUUCAACAAGAGCAUCAGCUAUUAUUUCACGCUGCACCACAAUUAUUGUUAGGUGCCAUAAAGGAUCGCAUAUGGCCUAUAGGCGGAAGAAAUUUAGCGAGGCGUACUUAUCACCUUUGUUUUGUCUGCAGGCGUUUCAGAGGCAAAACUCUAACAAAUAAAAUGGGCAAUUUGCCCGCUGAGAGAGUUACUCCCGACUACCCAUUUUACACGACUGGAACUGACUUUGCUGGGCCAUUCUUAAUUACCGAUCGUAAAGGCCGAGGAUGCAGGAUAACGAAAGCAUAUCUUUGCAUUUUCAUUUGCUUCCGAUACAAAUGCAUUCAUCUUGAAGCAGUCAGUCAGCUGUCUAAAGACGCUUUUACCUUGUGCCUCCAAAGGUUUGUAUCCCGUCGCGGCAAACCUAAACAAAUCUUUUGCGACAAUGGUAGGAAUUUUGUUGCUACUGCAAGGGAAAUUAACGAUUUCUUAAAACUUAAUACGGAUGACAUCAUCGAUUUUGCAGCCAAUAAAGGCAUUGAAUUUCGCUUCUCUCCAGCAUACGCUCCUAACUUCGGUGGGCUGUGGGAAGCCGGUGUUAAAGCCGCCAAGUAUCACUUGAAUAGGGUCCUAGGCAAUGCCCAUUUAACGUUCGAGGAACUAUCAUCCCUAUUCAGUCAGAUCGAGGCCAUCCUAAACAGCCGUCCCCUUUGUCCUUUGAGCUCAUCACCCCAAGAUUUCGCUCCUCUCACCCCGGGACACUUUUUGAUAGGUAGGCCACUCACUGCAUUACCGUCGCCGUGCUUACUAGACUCCAACACAAAUCGGCUCGACAGAUUCCAGCGACUUGAACAGAUUCGACAACAUUUUUGGAAGCGCUGGAGCUCAGAAUACGUCCCCGAAUUGCAGCAGCGUACAAAGUGGAAGCUCAGAUGCAAGGACCUUAAACCAAAUGACCUUGUUCUGCUGAAGGAGGAUCUCACACCGCCACUCAACUGGCGCCUCGGCAGGGUCGAACGAAUCUUCCCAGGCACUGAUGGCAUCCCUCGAGUCGCUGAUAUUUCCACAGUUCGAGGCACCGUUCGUCGGGCCAUCAACCGCAUCUGUCUACUCCCGUCCCCAGAUGACGCAGAGUCUUGAAAGCUUCAGGAGCUUUCAAGGGCGGGGAGAAUGUUCACGCGAAACGGAACGGUUAACAUGAUUACCGGACGAGUAGAGCUACGUCACGGACCAAGUGUCAAAAUAACUCCACAUCAUCGUAUAUCUGUCAAUACCUACUCAUAUCUCUACAACGGAACUUUGCGUGUCAUACACAUUUUGUAUUUUUUUAUAAUUUUAAUUAAAUAUCUACAAGUUUUAAACUACGACUUCUUAUUGUUUGUCCUAUCGUGGACAU